UUCCACACACUCAAACCAUCUCACCUUCUCAUCACUCAAAACAAAACCACAUCAAUUAUCAACCAAUGGCUUCCAUGACCAAGGCAUUGUGUGUGGCCCUCAUCGCGGCCGUGCUGGUGGCCUCGGCCGCACCGGCUGCUGAGGCGGCCCUCGGGUGUGGCCAGGUGAUCUCAUACUUGACCCCUUGCCUCCCUUUUGUAACCAACCGGGGCCCCCCUGGCAACUGCUGUGGCGGAGUUAAGAGCCUCUACGGCGCCGCCAGGACCACCCCGGACCGCCAGUCCGUGUGCACGUGCCUCAAAUCUCUCGCGAGCUCCUACUCCGGUAUCAACCUCAACAAGGCCGCCGGACUCCCUAAGCAAUGUGGUGUCAACAUCCCUUACAAGAUUAGCCCUUCCACCGAUUGCGCCAAGGUGAGGUGAAUUUGAGUUUGAAUUUGGAAGAGAUCAUUUUGAAGGAGUUGUCUACGUUAAUGUUUCUUUAAAAUAAAUAGUCAUGUUUAGUGAAUAAAGAGUUUUUGGGACCCAGUUGGCAAGUUUUAUUUCACCUUGGGGUGAAAGUAAAACUUUCCCAUCACCUUUUUAGUUAUGUAUCGAGUCAGUUUCUCCUUCAUUUAUCGAGUCACGUCUGCGCUUAUGUAUUCUCAUCAAAUUUAAUGGAGUUAUUGCUAUUUCAAUUUACAGAA